ACUAUGUUAUUAGCAGCUUUCCUGACCGGAGUAAUGAUUUCCAGCAUAAUUUUCUUUUUGAGAGAUUGGAUUCGCAAACUCUGGAACGCCAGACACUCUAUAACGUCUAUAUCUGUGCAGACUGAGGACUCCCACGUUACCGAUGCGGAGUAUCUAAAUGCAGUUUAUACCGACAUUUCGAAUUUGCAAGAGGAAGAGCCCAGCAAUCUUGAUACCUCAACCAAUUCAAACACUCCUGACCCAGGGAUGUAUUCUGGUAUCGAUCCGAUUAUACCCGAUGUACAUAAUUAUUCAAGACCCGAGGAUGAACAGCAGAGUGAUACUUACAACUUUUUGGAAGGAUCAGAAGAGCGAAUGCUGAGGAUGGGGAGAACAAAAAAUAUGCAAAAUGAAAAGACCGCAAACGAUACGUUAUUGACAUUGGAUGAACAGUCACCCCUGGAUGAAAAUCAAAGCGAAGACAUGCAACAAUUAUACUUCAGUUUAAAGAACAUAGAAGAUGCCACGUUAUUCGACGAAACGUCUUGUUAAAUGAUUACAUUUGGAUUGGGACAAUAAUUCAUUUCCUUAAAAUGAAUUUGAGGUGUUUGAAACAAUGUAUACGUUUUUCUGAUGAUAUGUAACAUUAGGUCAAAUGCUGUCUGGCGUGUUUCAUACGGAUUGUUAAGCCGUUCUUGGCACACUGAUUUUGACUGCGGAUAACUCCGUUUAUCUGAUCAGGAUAUAGGGCUCACGGCGGGUGUGACCGGUCAACAGGGGGUGCUUACUCCUCCUUGGCACCUGGUCCCACCUCUGGUGUGUUCAGGGGUCCGUGUUUGCCCAACUAUCUAUUUUGUAUUGCUUGUAGGAGUUAUGAGAUUGAUCACUGUUCGUUAUUUUCACCUUGCAUGUAGAGAUGUUUUUUUCUUUGUUUAUUUGUUGACGUCUUUUGAAUAUUUUAUUUACUCGUAAGACGUUAAUAGUUACAGGUGUAGUGCUACAAAUGUAGACGUGUGGAGAAUGACUAGGAUGGUAACAAUGGUGAUUUGGUAUAUUAUAGGGUUCAAGGCGGGUGUAACCAGUCGACAGGGGAUGCCUACUCCUCCUAGACACCUGAUCCCAUGUCUAGUGUGUCCAGGGGUCCGAGUUUGUCCAACUAUCUAUUGUGUAUUGCUUGUAGGAGUUAUGAAAUUGAUUACUGUUCGUUAUCUUCACCUUUCAUCAACACUACAUAGAACCUUAGUUUUGAUGUAUGGUCCGAUAGACCCACGACUCGAGCUCUCACGUCUAAAUGCCGAGUGUUUCCCGAAGAGGUAAUUACUGCCAAAGACAACUCGGUCCCAAAGCAAACCCACUAACAGUUUACCCAUUAUUUAAACAUGUACUAAAGUUUCUUGACAAUCCUGAUUUAUAAAACAUGCCAAAUUCUGAUCAAAAAGUGCUGCAAUAUCAGUCUCUUAAUUUUAUUUAAUGAUGGCAUCGUUAUGGAAAUAUUAUUAUAAAAUUUGCAUAUAGAAAACAGUUGAAAAUGGUUAUUUCCUGACUUAAACCUCUUUUUGAGAAUCGUUGCAUCAAAACAGCCUAACAAUCGGUAUGAAACAUGUCAGACAGCAUUUGAGCCAAUGAAAGCGUUGGCAAAUUGGAUCAUUUAACAAAGAUAAAAUUUCCACAUUGGCACCUGAUCCCACAACUGGUAUGUCUAGCGGUCCGUUGUUUUUUUUUUUUUCAACUUCGUAUUUUGUAUUCUUUAUAGGAGCUAUGAGAUUGGUCAACGUUUAUUAUCUUCACCUUUCACCUUAGCCUUGCUUACUGUUCUUGUUUUACAUAAUUAUUUUGACUAUGGAUUAUUCCGUUUACCGGGUUAAGAUAUAUGACUCAAGACGAAUGUGACUGGUUAUCAGAUAAUGUUUAAUCGUUCUAGGAACGUGGUUACUGAUCAUAUAACGGAGUAGUCCACAGUCAAAAUCAGCACGAAUUAACGGUGAAAUAAAUGGGAUGAAACAUGUUAGGCAACACUUACCCAACAUCACGCUUAAUAAGGAAACUAGACCACAACAAUAGUCACAGAACUUCCGGAAUGUUAACUUUAAAUAAUGAUGUCAAAAAUUCUGCACCAUCUAUCUACCUGUAAGAAUGACCAGGCGCAGAAAUAGAUCCAAUCAGUCAGAUGAUACAAAUGCCAUGGAUAAUGAAACAUUGUUAUACAAAAACGUAAACUGACGAUGGAGAAGUUAAAGUAAUCAAGGUGAAUUGCUAGCCUCUCACGAAUGUUCAUGUUUUUACUGUACAUGUUAAAUGAAUAUUUAAAAAUGAAGCAAAUAUGGAAGAGCAUGCAGUGUCACCUAUCUCGAGUUUAUUAGGGCACAUCGAAUCGAAAAAAAAAACAGCUCUGCUUCACAGUAAUACAAAAAUAGGUCAGCUAAGAAAGGUACACAAUUAGUGUCACUGGAAUUUCCAACAGAUUUUUCGAAGACCUUAUCAACAUGGAUUACGUAUAUUUUAUGAAUGGAAAACUCCGACAUACUCAAUAUUAAUACCAGGGUAUCCGUAUUCAUGUGUAGAAUGUGUCACAAAAUAAUUUCUUUUUUUGGAUGACCGAUCACUUGAUACAAAUGUUUCCGAUUACCAUUUUAUUGCAGAAACUGCUAUUUAUGCUGCAAAACUCAUGCUCGCUAAUAGAUUGUUAGAUCUUUUAAUGUUUUAUCAUUUACGAAUCUUCAUUGUGAUCACUAAUUCAUUUUUGCCACCUUUUUAGCCAAAGUCUUUUGAUAACAUUGCAAAAAAAAAAAAAAAAAGAUUGAUAUCUUCAAAAGAAAUAGCUAUUUGUAUAAAUGUUCCAAAUACUUGUACAAAAUUAAAAAGGCAUAUAUAUAUAAAUUGAAGAAUGCCGUUUUCUUAAGAAACAUUUUGAUUAUUCUUUUUCGGACACCAAUGUGCUCUAUAUCUUUUUAAUAUCAAUCAUCGAAUCUACAAAUACACACUAUUCUUGGAUGCACUGCUAUCUGAAAUGUUACAUACCAGUUGUUAAGUCAAUCUUUACAAACUGAGUUUGAUUUAGGAUAACUACAUUUACCUGAUCAUAAUAUAGGAUACAAGGUGGAUGUGACUGGUCAACAAGAGAUGCUUAUUUCUCCCAGGAACCUGAUCCCACCUCUAGGGUUUCCAGGGGUUUGUGUUGUCCCUGUUCGCAAUUAUAUAGUAUCUAUUAGAUUGACAAUUAUAUGUUACCUUGUCUUUUUAAUCACAAAUAAUUAUCUUUUUUCACCAUAUAAAGACAUUACGGAGUUUGUUCAGAGACUGGUUGAAAUAUUUGAAAACCAGUAUACCUUCUUAUAUCUAACCUUCUAUGAACUAUCCUAUAUUAACACUUAAGUUUGUGUCGCUGAAUUUCCCCAUAUAAUGUAAAGAGUUCAGAAUUGUUAUAAAAGAGAGAAAACAAUC